CAAAUCGCACAUCGGGAGGACAUCGCCUCUCUCUUUUGCUUACUUCGCUAUAAACCCUAGAAGAUAAGAUUUUGCGUCUUCUUGUUAAUUCUUGCGGGAUCUAUGUUUAUUUCUUCUCUUUUCUAAGGAAAUGGCAGAAGAAAACUUUGUUGGACAAGAGACAGAAGUGAUGCCUGAGAACUCUGUUCCUGUAGAAGUUGAAGUGUCUGAGAAUGAAGAAAGUGAUGAGGUAGUAGAAACUGAAAUUACUGAGAAGGAACAAGGAGAUGCUGCCAUGGAAAUCCCUGCAGAAAAGAAAUGGCCUGGAUGGCCUGGAGAGAAUGUUUUUAGGUUGUUGGUCCCUGUGCACAAGGUUGGCACCAUAAUUGGUCGCAAGGGAGAGUACAUAAAGAAAACCUGUGAAGAAACAAAGGCCCGCAUCAAGAUUCUUGAUGGGCCUCCUGGAACUAUGGAAAGAUGUGUUCUCUCAAAUAUAAGGCAACAUUUCAAUUGUCAAAGUGGUUUCAUUUAGAAGAGCCAAAGAUCCAGAAGUGCUGAAAAGUCACUCUGAAUAAAUGUCAGAAGUACCCCUGGUGGAUGUCACUACCAAAAAGCUUCCUAUGUCAUCUGGUAACUUCAGAACUGGUCUUGAUUUCUGCAAAAGAAGAACCAGAUGCUUCAAUUCCUCCUGCAAUGGAUGGUUUACUGAAAAUCCAUAAACGGGUAACGGAUGUGGAUGCUGAUCCUACUCAUCCGCCAGCUGGAGGUACAAUCAGCACAAGGCUACUUGUGGCUGCCACACAAGCGGGAAACUUGAUAGGAAAGCAGGGUGCCACCAUAAAAACCAUCCAAGAUUCUUCCGGUUGUGUAAUUAGAGUACUCGGACAAGAAAACCUCCCUGUAAUUGCUCUGCCUGAUGAUAGUGUUGUGGAGGUGCAAGGGGAACGUGAUGGUGUACACAAGGCGGUUGAACUCAUUGCUUCACAUUUAAGAAAGUUUUUAGUUGACCGCAGUGUUAUCGGGAUAUUUGAAAAACAAAUGCAAAUGCCAAGUGCCAGGGCAAACCAGGAGAUGGCGCCUCCCCAACCAUGGGCGGCACCACCACCGGCUCAAAAUUUUCCAGGUGGUGGGCCGGGAUACCGACCGGCUCAAUUCAUGCCACCUCAGCAUCAGUUUGACAACUACUAUCCACCUCCAGCAAUGGAUAACCAGCUUCCGCCAUCAUAUGGCAGAGACACCACCAGUAUGGGUAUGCAUAUGGCCCCACAGGAGUUGAUGAUGAGUAAGGUGUCACAGAACAUGCAGGUUCCGCUGACAUAUGCGGAUGCGGUUAUCGGGACAUCGGGAGCUAAUAUAAGUUAUAUACGGCGUGCGAGUGGGGCCACGAUUGCCAUUCAAGAAUCUCGCGGAAAUCCCGAUGAAAUGACGGUUGAGAUUAAUGGAUCCGCUUCACAGGUUCAGACAGCUCAGCAGUUGAUUCACAACUUCAUGGCUGAUGCUGCACAGAAUCCAACUGCUGCUGCUGCUGCACCACCACCACCGGUGGUGGCUACUAGCCAAGCUGGCGGCGGUGGGUAUAACCAGUAUCCUGGUUACCCGUCUCAGCCUGCGCCACCUGGACAUCCACCUGCUGGUGGUGGAGAUUAUGGCAGUGCCCCCAUGUAUGGGGGCAGUUAUGGUUACUAAAGCCAGGCGGUUACAGUUUCUGUUGUAUCCAAGAUGCCUUGUUUUGUUUAGAUACUCGGUUGGCUAUUUGAUGAUUUGAUAAUACUGAAUACAAAGUGUU